AUGUUACCUGCAGAUACACAAGUCAAUCCAAAAGAACAUGGCCUGAAACAGCUUAUGGAAAUGAGUCUACAAAAUGGUAGAGACCUAGAUAUGGAGCAAGAGAUGGCUCGCGAAAGCCGACCUACUGAAACACUUGUGCUUGUCCCCAUCGAGAUAGAUGACUCAACAGGGUUGACAGAGGUUAUGGUACAACAUGCGCCAGCCGAAACAAGCAAAGAAAAAGAAGUCGCGAAGGAAACUGAGUCAAAGCAAGAGAAGGCAACAGAAAUAAUGACAGAGCAUGUUCAAAAUCAAACCACAUUAAAGAAGUGGCCUCCAGCACCUUUCCCCCAAAGAUUGGCCAAAUUUCAAAAAGAUAAGCAAUAUAAGAAAUUCUUGGAGAUGUUAAAGCAAAUUCAGGUAAACAUCCCAUUGAUUGAUUCCUUAAAGGAAAUGCUUGGUUAUGCAAAAAUGCUGAAGGACUUAAUGUCUCGUAAGUUCGACUUUCAAGACUUGGCCAUAGUUACACUAACUCAGACAUGUAGAGCUGUUGUGACAAGACCCAUAGCUGAGAAUUUAUUUGAUCUAGGGAGUUUCACAAUCCCAUGCACAAUAGGCAACUAUGUGUUUCCUAAGGUGCUCUGUGAUUUGGGGCUAGCCGACCGGAUAGUGAAGAGGCCCUCUGGUAUCCUUGAUGAUGUAUUAGUACAUGUGGGGAAGUUUGUUUUUCCAUCAGAUUUUGUCAUUUUAGACUGCCGGGUUGACGAGGAGAUUUCCAUAAUUUUGGGAAGGCCAUUCUUGGCCACUAGGAGAGCCCUAAUUGACUGUGAAACUGGAGAGCUAAAGAUGAGAUUAAACGAUGAAGAGAUAACAUUUAAUGUGCAAAAAUCUAUGCGGCGACCCAGUGAGUUUGCUAACUACUCUCUGAUAGAAGUUGUGGAUGUGAUCUUGGAGGAGGAAGAUGAGACUCUGAAUGCAAAAGACCCUCUAGCAGCAUGCCUCGUGAACUUAGAAGAAAUGAAUGGUGAAAACUUGGCAGAGUGGGUUUUGGCCCUUGAAGGGUAA